GCGCCUGAAGAGGCCACCCCACACCAGUGGAGGGGGAAGCGAAGGAGAGAAGUGGAUGAACGGCGAUGGAGUGGGCCAGGUCGAGCUUUUUCUCCGGCGGCACUUCCCUCCUCCCUCCGCUUCCGGCGACCACCCCCACCCCCACCCCCAGCUCCAACUCCAAGUUCAAGUCCUGUAAACCUCGUCCCCUCCGCUCGUCCCUCAGCCCGGACCCCUGGUCCCUCAGCGACGGCCUCGACAAGCCCAAGCCCCGAUCCAAGAACCCCAAGAACCCACUCUCCGACGACAACGCCCGCCGCAUCAUCAAGGCCAAGGCUCGCUACCUCAGCGCCCUCCGCCGCAACCAGGGCCCCCGCGUCCAGACGCCUCGAUGGAUCAGGCGCUCCCCCGAGCAGAUGGUCCAGUACCUGCACGACGACCGCAACGGCCACCUCCACGGCAGGCACGUCGUUGCCGCCAUCAAGACCGUCAGGGCCUUGGCGGAGAAGCGAGAAGGGGAGUACGACAUGAGGAUGGUGAUGAGCGGGUUCGUGGGCAAGCUCAGUUUUAGGGAGAUGUGCGUGGUCUUGAAGGAGCAGAAGGGUUGGAGGCAGGUCAGGGACUUCUUUGCCUGGAUGAAGCUUCAGUUCUAUUACCGUCCCAGCGUGAUCGUCUACACCAUCGUUUUGCGCGCGUAUGGACAAGUCGGGAAGAUCAAUCUCGCUGAGCAGACCUUCCUGGAGAUGCUUGAAGCAGGUUGUGAGCCUGACGAAGUUGCUUGCGGCACUUUGCUAUGUACUUAUGCGCGAUGGGGCCGCCACAAGGCUAUGCUGUCAUUUUAUUCUGCCGUGGAGGAGAGGGGGGUCGUGCCUUCUGUUGCAGUUUUCAACUUUAUGCUGUCCUCUCUGCAGAAGAAGUCGCUCCAUCAAAAUGUCGUAGAAUUGUGGAGGAAAAUGGUGGGUAAAAGGGUGGCUCCAAACGGCUUCACUUAUACGGUCGCAAUCAGUUCUCUCAUCAAAGAAGGUUGCGGUGAUGAAGCUUUGCAAACAUUUUAUGAGAUGAAGAAAGCUGGUUUUCUCCCUGAGGAAGUAACCUAUAGCCUGCUCAUAAACCUUUGUACCAAAAAUGGCAGCUGGGAUGAAGCAAUCGGUCUUUAUGAAGACAUGAGAUCUCUGAAAAUCAUCCCAAGUAAUUAUACUCGCGCUUCACUUCUCACUUUGUGUUAUAGAAAAGGAGACUACUCCAAGGCGCUUGCUCUUUUCUCGGAAAUGGGAAGGCAUAAAGUUGCUCCUGAUGAAGUCAUCUAUGGGUUGCUCGUUAGAAUAUAUGGCAAACUUGGACUCUAUGAGGAUGCUGAGAAUACAUUUAAAGAGAUUGAGCAUCUGGGCCUACUUACGAAUGAGAAAACAUACUUAGCUAUGGCGCAGGUCCAUCUUAGUUCGGGAAAUGCUGAUAAAGCCCUGAAUGUCAUUAAACUGAUGAAGUCUAAGGAGAUUCGGUACUCCAGAUAUGCUUACAUUGUCUUAUUGCAAUGUCAUGUCAGAAGACGAGAUUUAGGUUCUGCAGAAGGUGCCUUUCUAGCUUUAUCGAAAACUGGAUUACCUGAUGUAGGUUCUCUCAGUGACAUGCUCAAUUUGUAUAUAAAUUUGGACCAGACGGAAAAGGCCAAGGAGUUCACUUUACGGAUAAGAGAAGACCUAGUUGAAUGUGGCGAGGAACUUUUCAAGACCAUUAUUAGAUUCUAUUGCAAAAAUGGAAUGAUAAGCGAGGCUGAGCAGUUUGCUCGAGAAAUAGGCGGAGUUGGAUCUUUUGCAGAUAAUAAAUUUGUGCAGACAUUUUACAGGAUCAUCCAUGGAGAAUAUAAAGGACAGGAAAAAUAUGAGAAAAAUAUUGCAGUUCCAGAUCUUUUGGACUCGAUGGCUCUUGGGCUGAUGCUUACUCUGUACUUAGCUGAUAGUUGUUCGAGGAACACGGAGUACAUCUUGAAGCUGUUGCUUGAAACUGCUGAUGGGCUGUCAAUAGCCAGUAGACUCAUCGGAUACUUUGUAAGAGAAGGUGACAUUUCUAAAGCAGAAGCCCUAAACAGUCACUUGAUAAGGCUUGGUUGUAGAGCAGAGGAUGAAGCAAUUGCUUCUUUGAUUAGCUGGUACGCAAAAGGAGAAAAGCUGGACAAGGCUGAAGCUAUAUUUUUGAAGGCGGAUUCUCCUUUGUCUGGGAAGCUAGUAUCUAAGUGUAUGGUUGAUGCAUAUGCCAAAUCUGGUAGACCAGAGGAUGCAUAUUCGCUAUACAGAAAAGCAACUGAGAAAGGCCAUGAUCUUGGUCCUGUUACAAUCAGCAUCAUCGUGAAUGCUUUGACUAAUAGCAGAAAACACCAAGAAGCGGAGGAUAUAGUUCGGAAGAGUUUGCAGGAGAGUUCGAAACUUGAUACUGUGGUGUUCAAUACAUUUAUCAAGGCAAUGCUGGAAGCUGGAAAACUGAACUUUGCAGAAAGAAUAUAUGAGCAAAUGCUUUCUAUUGGGGUUGCUCCAUCAAUUCGAACUUUUAACACCAUGAUCAGUGUUUAUGGACGAGGUGGCAAGUUGAAUAAGGCUGCAGAGAUGUUUGGCACAGCACAAGGCUUGGCUUUGCCUCUGGAUGAGAAGGCAUAUAUGAAUCUGAUUGGCUUUUACUGCAAGGCUGGUGAAAGACAAGAAGCUUCCCUUCUAUUUGCCAAAAUGAAGGAAGAAGGUAUUAAACCAGGAAAGGCUAGCUACAAUGCCUUGAUAAACUCAUGUGCAUCUGCUGGAUGGUAUGAAGAAGCAGAGGAACACUUCCAGGCCAUGCGAAGAGAUUGUGUUUUACCGGAUUCUUUCACGUACCUGUCCGUUAUUCGAGCCUAUGCGGGGGGUGCGAAGUUCAUUGAAGCAGAGGAAACCCUAAAGUCUAUGCAGCGAGAAGGAAUUUCCCCCUCUUGCGCUCAUUACAACCAUUUGGUGUCUGCGUUUGCAAAGGCAGGUCUGAUUGGAGAAGCCGGAAGAGUGUACGAAGAAAUGCUGGAGAAUACUGGUUUGAGCCCUGAUCUUGCGUGUCAUCGCACCAUGUUAAGGGGUUAUUUGGACUGUGGGUGUGUCGAAAAAGCAAUCGCUCUUUUUGAAAAGAUGCGGGAGCAUGUCGGAUCGGACAGGUUUAUGUGGAGUGCAGCUGUUCAUUGUUACCGGUCUGCAGGAAUGAUGGAAAAGGCGGAAGCUGCCUUGAACACCAUGAAAAGCAAGGGGAUCGCAUUCUUGGAAGACCUUAAAUCUGGGUCGCAGUCGAAAGUAUGAGAGAGGACACAGAGAUUCUAUUAGUAGCGAGAGCGAGAGCAUAUAUUUGGCGACAUGCCUAAUGAUGGCAGCAAUCCGCCAUGAUCGCGGUGUAUUUAGGAUAGUCUGACCAUCCAUUCAUCGUCCGUCGCCUGAGAAGUGGCUAGUGAACUCAAAACACUUUGAAGCGGAAUCUUGACUAGGAGAGGAUGAGCAACGAGUGCCCAAUAGCAAGGGCAAUGCUCCUGCUAUCCUAUUAAACGGUGAAGAGGUGAUCUGAAUUGGAAUGGGCACCGAAUGAUACUCCAUGGAUGAUGAUGAUGAUGAUGAUGAUGAGCUUUGCUUCUCUUGUGCUGAGGAGAUGUUCCUCUCACUCUUCCUACCCUCCAUGUAAAUUCCAUUCAAUGUAGAGAAGAAAGACAUGGCAAUCGACCCCUUUUUGACAAAACCGAUAUUACCCCCAUACCUACGCGUCUAUCUCACAAACGCGCACACACGUUCCCAUAUUCGUGAUUAAGCAUGCGCUGAGGCCAGUAAAGUAAUGUGGGAAAGUGGUGAUCCAUUCCUUCCUUCCAAUUCGGGGAGAGAGGGAUCAUCGAACUGAUGGACUUCAACUCGGAAGAAAUUGUUGUUAAGCAGUGCGCUAUGGAGACCCCAUAGGGCCCAUACCAUAUACGUUGUUGGGCUCUCUGAAGGAUCAGAUGUGUAUUCCAUCUAGGAACGGGCCCGUAUCGUCUCCACGGCCCAACCGUGCAUUCUCCAAAAUCCAAACCAAAUGCCUUUUUUCUCCCUAAGUCAUUCGCUCCCUCUCUCUCUCGCGGGUGUCGCCUUCGUUCUUCAGGGGCGCAAGAAUCAUCAAUUUCAGCGUCGGUCUCGAGAAAGGGAAUCGAAUCGAUCGAUGGCGUCGCAUCUGUGUCGAGCGGUGAUCAGAUCGUCGAGAUUGGCCUCCACCGCCGUCGGCAGAAGCUUCAGUAGCGAAGUAACCCAGCCCUCCUCCAAAUUUCCUCUCAUCAGCGAGCACACUGCCAAAUGGAUGCAGGAUACUAGCAAGAAAUCUCCAAUGGAGUUGAUCAAUGAGGUCCCGCCCAUCAAAGUCGAAGGCAGGAUAGUUGCUUGCGAAGGAGACAGCAAUCCUGCGCUGGGGCACCCAAUUGAGUUUAUCUGCCUCGACUUGGAUGAGCCUGCUAUCUGCAAGUAUUGUGGUCUGCGCUACAUUCAGGAGCAUCAUCAUUAGCAACCCGUCCUUUUCUUGUUUUUUGAUAGCCAAAACGACAUCCCUGGAUGGAUGUCUGGUAUUUGUCUUUGGAUGACAUGCCCUUUUUGGGGCGAACUAGUGCAUUUGUAUUGACAAUAAGGGUUAACCCCCCAGGGAUCAACUUUGUAAUUGCAUUUGUGAACGGAAUCGUCUUGCUAUUUUCUUAUUAAA